UAAGGCACAAAGUAACUGUACUGUGUAAAAGUUUUUUGUACAUUUGAGUAGUGCAUAAAAAUAUAUAAAGAAAAUGAGUGACGAUAGUGAUGUAUCAAUUAUUUCCUCUGACUCUUCAGAUGACGAGUUUUUGAUGGAAAAACCCAAAAUAAAUAAUAAAAUCUUCCUUGGUAACAUAUACAUAUUACAGAUACUGAAAAUCUGAGUAUAGUAUAAGCAAGAAAAGUAUUAAUUUAAUUUUAUUUAUUAGAGGAAACUGUUCCAAGUUACGAUGAUGAUACAUUUUUCGAUCAUUUUCGCUUGAGUAGAGAAUCUGUAGAAAUUAUUGUAGAAAAAUUUGACGCCAGUGAACACUACAAAGAUUAAUCUGGCCAAUAUGAAAAUAUUUCAUCAAAUGAUCAAGUAUUAAUAGCUCUAUGGUACAUAGGCCAUCAAACGUCUAGUUAUAGAGAUUUGGCAGAUGGGUUUGAUAUUACCAUAAGUUCGGUCCACAGAAUAUUACACAGGGUAAUAUUCACAAUAAGUAAUUUGGCACCAAGUGUUAUUACAUGGCCAACGAAUGAAGAAAAAAUGGAGAGUGAGAGAUAUUUUCGUCAAAAUGGUUUUCCAAUGGUGAUCGGAGCUAUGGAUGGAAGCCAUAUUAAAAUUGACAAGCCUUCAGAGGAUAGCGACUCCUACAUAAAUAGGAAAGGAUAUUAUUCUAUUCAAAUGCAAGCUGUGUGUAAUCAUAACAGAAAAAUUAUAGACCUUUUUGUUGGGUAUCCAGGUUCUGUGCAUGAUAGCAGGGUAGUCCGAAAUUCGUCGUUAUUUAAUACAUUAGAAGAAAAAUGUGGAAAUUAUUUUAUUCUAGCGGACAGUGGUUACCCCUUAAAAUCAAAUGUUUUAACUCCUUUUAAAGACAGAGGUAACUUGACUGACCGACAACAAAACUACAAUAGAAAACUAAGUAAAAAUCGUUAUGUAAUUGACAUUGCUUUGGAUUACUGAAGCAAAAGUUCAGACAAUUAUAUCAUUUAAAAUCACGUAGUAUAACUUUUAUAGUUCAUUUUAUACGGGCAGCUUGCGUUUUACAUAACAUUGCGCUAGACGACUUAAUCCAUAUAGAAGAAAAUGCAAAUGCUAAUGAAGCAAUAGGGAAUCAUG